AUGAUGAUGACUGUUAUAGUAUUCUAUCAAUCAAAAUCGAUCAAUGUGAUGAUACGAGAUUUUAUCCCAUUUGUUAUAAUUCAUAGCAAUCGAGUACAUUUAAAUAGAAAGAUUACACCAGCAGCAGGAACAUGUGUUCACCAAUCAUUACCACGACCACCGCAACAUCCUCUACCCGCAACCAUUGAUUCACCAGCUGAUGACACAUUGGUUUGA